CAAGCGAUCCACAAAGAUGGCAUUUGUCCCAUGGUUUUUCCCUUGUCAUCUUUGCUACAUUAUGCAAGCUCACAGACCUGUUCCUUCUCUCUCCUCUACCCGCUCCCUUGGUGCAGCUUUCGCUCGUGGAAGAACAGAGCAAAGUGACAAGAAACAGCUGCGAGUUCAAGGAACUGUCUACCUUGUUCUGAUCUCCUGCCAGUUCCAGCUUGUCGUGCCUGCUGUGAUGGGCGUCGCGUGCAGUGAGAUCAGCUGUGGGCCUGACAUGACACGGAUGGAGGCUGAGAACAAUGGGAAGCCCCUGCUGGUCCGUGAGGAGUCAUCUCUUAAUAUCCCAGCUAUUGCUGCUGCCCACGUUAUUAAGAGAUACGUUGCCCAGGCACCGGGUGAACUCUCCUUGGAG